GCGGCGGCGGCUGCGACCUGCAGGGUCAGUUACCUUUCUGUAUAUCAGCCCUGAGGUUGUUAUGAGUGACUCGUCCCUGCUGUUUAUGGCUGGAACAAACACUGUGGAAGAGCAGAGGGCUCGCUGGGAGAGGAAGCGCAGCCGAACAGCCAAGGAGCUGCUGGAAACCGAACACAGAUACCUUGAGCAGCUGGAUUUGGUGGUCACAUUUUUUGUGACAAUUUUAAAGGCCAAGGGGACGCUGAAACCUGCUGUGUUGGAAACCAUAUUUGGACCCCUGGAAUCCAUAUGUUCGGCCAGCCAUGUUCUGGCACUUCACCUGGAGAGAGGGAAUCUGGGAUCAGGACUGGAAAAUUUCUGUCAGAAUCUGGAGCUUUAUGGCCACUACACUGAGAAUUUGGAGCAGGCAAAUAAAACCUUGAAGGAGCAAUUGAGGAAAAAUAAGUCAUUCCGACGUUUUAAGAAACUCCAAGAGGCUCGACCUCAGUUUCAAGGGAGGAGGCUAGAGGAUCUGCUUUCUUUGCCCCUGCAGAGGCUACACCAGUACAAGCACUUCCUCAGAGACUUGUUGGAGAACACCAACCCAGACAGCCCUGAGUACCAGAAACUUGAAAAGGCUGUGAAAUCUGUUUCUGAGGUAUCUCAGUGGGUACAAGACAUCAUUCAUAAGAGAGAGAACUCAUUGCAGCUACUUCGCAUUCAGAAACUGCUGAAAGGACGGAAGAUACAGAUUCUGACUCCAGGGCGCUGGUAUAUCCGGGAAGGCUGGCUUUUGGUGGUGCCUUCGAAGGGAGAAGAACUAAAGCGCAGGAUGUUCUUCCUCUUUUCUGAUAUCUUCAUUUCAACAAAGCCCUGUCACCCACUGCACCCACUGAAUUCAAACAAACUGGCAUGCCAGGCUGUCUAUCCGCUUCACCAAUGCGUAGUGGAGAAGGUGUUUGGCCACACGCAGAGCCAGGGAGGGCUUCUCAGUCUUUCCUUUCCACACAAGACACUGUUGUUGAUGUCCAGUGACCAGCAAGAUAUUAAUGACUGGUAUCAGAGUCUUGCAGCUGCAGUCAGGCAGCUGAAAGCCUGACUCACUUGAGUAGAAGACAGACUUACAGGACAGUCGCCUCUCUUUGUAGAAACCUACACAAACUUACCAAAUGUUCAAAGAUAUAUAAUAAGAGAAUGCACUUAUAGGGACUACCACUGUGCUUGUAAGACUGAAUGAAUGCUUUGUCAGCUGUCCUAAUCUUAACACAGAUACUGCAAAAAAUAGGUGUGCACACUGAGGAUUUGUAUAUAAAAAAUCUAUAUCAUGACUUUUCCCCAAUUUAGCUUACAAGUUUCUAGCUUUUCUAUGCUUUUUUCCCCACCCCUCUUACAUUAUUAAUUUAAGGACGAGUGUGAGAAAGUCUGAUUUGCUUUCCCUCAUUAAAUAUUUUUAUCCAUC